AUGUCGCGGGUGAUCCAGGACUCGGACGACGAGUUGGACGAUGAUCUCGAGGUGGACGUCUUUCCACCCGAGAAAGAAGACGCGUCGCCUAAGCACUCGACCAGCGAUACUUCCUCCACAGUUGUUGUCCAUGGAACCCGCCAGAAGGGGAAGACGCCGGCCGACUUUGACUCGAACAGCACUUCAAGUGAACACUUUGCAUCGAAGGAAGUGCACAUUACCUACGGCAAAAUAGCAGCAGGUAUCCUCACCAGCUCGCCUCCGUGCCAACAGAAACACCAGGACUGUUUGCGUCAGUCUCUCCAACCUACUGGCACUACCAGCGAAAUGGACUGGGUGUUGGAUGGGACCAUGCGUGAGGCAUACGCUCAACACAACCCCAAUGCAAUGUUCCCUGAGCCUUCAAGUACAGUACCGAACGCAACCCUGACACAGCAGCGCGUCUUGGAAGGAGUGCUGGCCCCAGCUCUCCUGGGCUCUGACAUUGAUCCUGGUAGAGCCGCGUUCCAACCAGACGCGUCCAUACCCUGGUCGGAAUACCUGAAGUCGCCUACAAACACUGGAGACCGACCGAGGUCGUCCGCACAAGAACCGCAUAUUUCGCGGAUCACGUCCGCUGCCGUAUCGGGGCUGCCACUCCACGAGCUCUCUGCCGCCCCACUAUCGCAACAUAGUCGACAAGGCUCUUCGAUGCUCGCAGACAGUCCACUGGCCCACGAGACAUGUCCGAUUGCAACCGACUCCCAAGACAUUACCAUGUUUACAGAAAACAAGGACCAAAGUUCGGAUAUUCUAAGCUUGACAGUAGAUGGCCCCCCACAAGAAGAGCUUCCGGGCUUGCGCCACCUAUCACGAAAGAGGAGACCAAGCCCUGCGCUGACCUUAGACGACGACCUAACAGAUCUAGGCGUGCCCAAGGAACACCGUUCAAGGUCACUCAAGAUCGGUACACAAGAGUCUAUUGACUACUCGAUCAGACCUGAAAAGGCCACGAAAGCAAGCAAACGAAGGACAUCGACCCCAGGGACUGCAAGCCUCGCAAAGCCACUACAUACACCUGAGAAAAUCCAACAAAUCUGUGACAUGGGUUUCACUCCUUCUACAAGUGAGAGGGCGUUGAAGCGAAACAAAGGUGACGUCACGCAAAGCGUUGAUUGGCUCAUCACCAACAGAAUUGCUGAUGACGAACUUGUCUCUCACAAUUCACAAAUGUCGGAACCAGGCACCCACACGCGAGGACAGAGAGUUCAAAUCCAAACCAACCAUCACGGUACCGAGCAGACAUCCAUGAGAAACACUGCUGUCAACUCAGCUGCUGUAGAUCACAACGCAGCUUCUGCGGAAGCGGAUACCAUCAACCCCUUAGUCCAUGUCAGAAGUCCUGCAAGAGUUCAGGUAGUCAUCCCUACAAAAGCGGCUGGGACCUUUGUUGACACACCGGCCACAAUGGAGACAAUCCGUAAGAAGGCCAAACGCAGAAAGACAACGUCAGAUCUUCCUGAGCCGGUAGCAACUUACAGUGCCGUAAAUGAAGCAAAGGUUGAAAAGAAGCGAGGCCGAGGUCGUCCAAAAAAGGCAAUCAAAGCUCCUGUGUCUACAAGAAUUGUACAAGACGACGAACACGAGACAUCAGCUGGGCAGGCGAGAGGCCCUCCGCGUCCUCCUGCCUUUGAAGACGCACAACCCACUACUCCACAUGGCCAGGCCACUGAACAUACCACCGCUGCGGCUGCCAUGAAGGCAAGUAAUGAUUUUGAGACGUUCCAACUCGAAGACACAACAACUGGCACUGUCAUCUCAAAACCAAUACCUGGGCCUCCGGUGAUCCCAGACCGCCCUAAGGUAGAGCCCAUAACCCCGGAGCGCAUCAAGAAGCCUGAGGCUCGAGAACAGCCUUCGAAUGACAGGGCAAAAGUCUCCUAUCGUGUGGGGCUAAGUAAGCGAGCAAGAAUCACUCCUCUACUACGGGUGAUGAAAAAGUGA